AUGAUGAGUGCAUGUGAGAGGUGCACACUUUGGGAGCAGUCUAUGAGCACCCUUGGAAUGUUGGAGGAAGAUCCUCAGGUAGUUUGUGAUGUGGUCACCCUCACCUCAGCGAUCGGUGGGGUGGAGUGGCCAUGGGCAGUGGAGCUGUUGAAAUUGAUGCCCCAACGAGGUGUGAAAGCCAAUGUGGUGGCCUUUAGCUCCGUCAUCAGUGCCAUUGGAGAGCCGGAAGGACGCACACCAAGUGGAUCAAGUGAACCCAGUGGUUACGAAGAGGAAGGAGGAAAUGAAGAAGACGAAUCCUCAGAGCUAUGGCCCGCCGUGGAUGUGUGGCCGAUGGCCCUGCAGGUCCUGGAUCUCAUGGGGGAUGAUGAGGUGCCACCAAAUGAUAUCAGUUGCAACAGUGCAAUCAUCGUUUGUGGCCGUGGUGGGCAGUGGCAGCUGGCUUUGUCUUUGCUUUGGAGCAUGCUGCGGAGUCGCUAUGCUGUCGACCUUUAUACUGGCUAUUCCACUGUUUGGGCCUGCGAGACGGCUGGGGAAUGGGAAUUGGCUUUGGAAAUCUUGAAAGUUAUUCCGGAGACCCGAGCCAAACCCAAUGUCUUUGGCUGUGCAUCUGAUGUGAACCUUUGCUACCGGCAAAACCGGUGGCAGCUGGGACUCUACUUGAUCAACAUCCUCUCACAGGUAGCGCUGCUUCGAAUCUGA